AUGUUCUCCGGUUCGAUUUUCCCCCACUGGCGCCGCAAAGCAGCAGAACGAUCUAGCAGUAGUUCUUACGAAGUCCCCUUUUUCUUGAAUGCUGCCUACUAUCCGAAUUGGCGGAUUUACCGAAAACAACCUCCAUCGUCUCUCAGAUUGGGAUUUAUCUCUCAUAUCUUUUACGCUUUUGCUUGGUAUAUACCUACUAAUUCUGUUAACCAACCUUGUUCUUUUUUAUUUAGGGUCAAAGAAGACGGUACUGUUUAUUUGAGCGAUGAGUGGGCAGAUGCUCAGAUGCCCGUGGAUGGCACGACCGGCUGUCUCAGGGCCUUCUCACAGCUCAAGCCUCAGUAUUCCAAAAUGAAGUUGGUUCUCUCUAUCGGUGGGGGAGGGAAAGGAAGUGAAAACUUUGCUGCAGUAGCCCGGAGCCAGUCCCGCACGGAGACCUUCGCGCAGACUGCCAGGAAACUGGUAGAUGAAUAUAGGCUAGAUGGAAUUGACGUCGACUGGGAGCACCCCGCUGAUCCCCAGCAAGGACUAGACUACGUGCGUCUUCUCGCACGGCUACGGGAUUAUCUGCCUUCCCCGCGAUAUGUAUUAGCGACCUGUCUCCCAGCCGGGCAAUGGGCGCUGCAGCACAUCGACCUCGCGAAAGCGCAGAACUAUGUCGACCUGAUCAAUGUCAUGGGCUAUGAUUUUGCCGGGCCCUGGGCAGAUAAAACCGGCCACCACGCCCGGCUAUACACUCCGUCGCAUUCCACAGCAGCCUCCUGUCAAUCUGCCGUGGCAUAUAUCCUAUCCCAGGGGGUUCACCAGAAGAAACUUCUUCUGGGUAUUCCGACAUACGGACGGUCAUUCCUAGGCAGUAACGAUGUAGGCCAACAAUAUACCGGCUGCGGCGGGGAAAACGGAGUAUUUGACUACAGCGAACUUCCACGGCCUGGGGCCAAAGAAUAUCACGACGAAAAGGCUGGGGCAGCGUACUGCAUCGGGGGAGACGGUGGGUUUGUGACGUACGACACGCCACAGACUGUACAACAGAAGGCGGAAUUUGUAACUCGAGAGAAGCUAGGAGGGUUAUUCUAUUGGCAUAUCGGAGGGGACGCCCGAGGGCCGCGAAGUCUGAUUGAAACUGGGUAUAACACGUUGCAUGAUAUGUAGACUUUUUGGGGGGGGGGGUUUUCGAAAAGAAGCCAGAACAGGACACCAAAAGGGAGGCUUACUGUGUUCCAGUGUAUUGUUUGAUCAUUCAGUAGCGUGAGCGUAAUGUCCAAAUACAACG